GGUCAUGUAUACAUUCUUUUUUUUUGUUCUUUUUUUUCUUUGUUCUUAAUCUUUGAACCUGUUUUAAAAGGAAUUUAUUUGGCUGAUAACUAUAGAUCAAUGAUAGGAAGAGUGAUUUUUAUAGAAAGUGACUUCAUUGACAUUAACCAUCAACAUUUAUUAGAUGAUCAUUUGGAAACUUGCACUCAAACGGUUAACAUUCGAAAAUUCCAGAUUCAAAAAAAGGAAAAAUGAUGGAAAAAUUUUCGCCAUUCGAUUAUCAAACAAUUUUCGAUUUGUCUUCAUUUAAUUUUCAUUUGGUCAUUUUAUUCAUAAUAUUUGUUAUAUAUCUUCUUUAUAAAUUCAUUACUUUUACUGAAGUAAUAAUGGAUUCAAAUAAAGUUAUACCGGAUAAUGUACGAAUAUUGCCCGAUCAACAACUACCACCAUUGAAUCCAAACGGUUGGAUACCUAUAUUGGAAUCAAGAAAAUUGAAACUUAAUCAGUUACAAUCAAUACUAUGUUUUGGACGAGAAUUGGUCGUUGUUCGUGCUCCAAGCAAUCAGGUUUAUAUAUUUGAUGCAUAUUGUCCACAUUUAGGAGCAAAUCUAGCUAUCGGUGGUAUCAUUGAACAGCGUCAUGUCAAAUGCAGUAAAAAUGGUGAACAUAAAAAAGAAGAUUGUAUCAUUUGUCCAUUCCAUUCAUGGGCAUUCCGGAUAUCCGAUGGUAAUUGUGUGGAUGUGCCGUAUGAAGAUAAUACUCCUAAUGCUAAGCUUAAAAUGUGGAAAAGUUUAGAAGUGAAUGGCGUUAUUUUUGUUUGGUAUCAUGUUGAUGAUGAGGAACCAGAAUGGCAACCCGAAAUUAUUGAUGAAAUUGCGUCAGGAAAAUGGCAAUUUUAUGGUCGAACUGAACAUUAUGCAAAUUGUCAUAUGCAAGAAAUACCGGAAAAUGGUGCCGAUGUUGCACAUUUAAAUCAAAUUCAUUCAAGUUCGGUGAUUGGUUCUGGUAGUCUCGAAAAUCGUCAUAAAUGGUUUGAACGAAUUCUUAAACAUGAAUGGAUUGCAAAUUGGAGUCCAUGUCCUGCUCCUAAUCAACAUAUGUCAACUGUGGAAACUUUAUCUAUUAGUAAGAUUUUUGGCUUCAAAAUCUUUGAAUUAAAUUUCAAUAUACAACAAAUCGGCCCUGCUUAUGUCGAAAUUCGUAUAAAAUGUAAUCUUUUUACAGGAAUGGAAGGUGUUUUGUUGCAGUUGGUCAAACCGAUCGGACCGAUGCGAAAUUCAAUCAUUCAUAAUUUUUAUUUUAAUAAUUCAAUUAUAAAUUUUAUUUUCUUUAAAUUUCUCUUGUUUUCGAUGGCUUCAAUGAUUAUGCGUGACAUUAAAAUCUGGAACCGGAAAGCAUUUCUUCGACGACCAUACUUAGGAAGAUCGGAAAAAUCAAUCGUCAAAUUUCGUCGAUGGUUUAAUCAAUUCUAUUCGAAAGACAAUAAACAAAACAUUGAUCAAACACCAAAUCAAUGUGAUUGGUGAAAUUUUAUUUUUAUUUUUAUUUUUUGCUGAUUGUGCCAUAAAUUUUUUUUUCUCA